UAUCAUGUCAAAACAGAGCAUGAAUACAUUUCGUUUGUAAUUUGAUUAAAAGGAGGUAAUUAAUAAAUGAUUCGAAAUAAAAUGUGGGCCAGUCGAAGGAAGCUAGCAAUAUUAGCAGCGAUGUCUGAGUGCUUAACACACGUAGAAGCAAAAUACUGUGCCUUUGAAAUACACGGAGAGCCAAAAUAUUAUGUAUGUCCUAGGACUGAAUACUGCUGCAACUUUGGAUGCUGUGUGUCACCAGGAUUUCAAAUCUAUCAUUUGUGGUAUUAUUGGCUUUUGGUCAUCAUUAUGUUUCUGGUAUGCUCCGGAGGUGGAUGGUGGUAUCGAUAUUGGCUACAAGGUAGAUAUAGACCAUCUACAUCAACAAUUCCACCUAGAACAUCUAAUUCAAGGACUCAAAGCACUCUUAGAGGAUCUACAUGCCGUGCACAGCAGGCCAGAGUAACGUACAAUCCUGCACGGAAUACCGUCCUCUUACACCGUAUGUGGAAAGGUCCUCAAAGGAACACAACACCACCAGCGUACAGCGGCGCUGCUGCAAGUUCUGCACAAUUUCAAAAUACAAAUGUCGUAUCUAAUGAUAACAACUGCCCAUAUUACGAAUUAUACGGUCCUCCGCCGAGCUACGAGACCGUAAUCGCUCAAACUCGAGGAAAAAUAAUGAGUCCAACGGCACAAGAACAAUCAAGAACAAACGAACACAUGCCAAGUAUGCAAAGCCAAAAUGGGAUACACUGUUUUUCACAUAAUUAUAGCAGCCUUCCUACAAGGAUUCAUAUUGAAGAGGGUAUCGUUGAGCGGCGUAGCAGCUGUGGUUCGAAUUCAGACGAGCUAGAAAAUUACCAAAAUUUUGGUAACAAGAACUUUGGACAAAAAUGUAAUGUCCAGCAAGUAUUAAGAGUUGGUGGAAGUAUGCCCAUGGAAAACUGCUUCCAGGGAAACACAGCCUCUGGGACAAGAGCAGGUUUACCACAGCAAACUAUUAUCAAGAAGUUGCCAUUCUGUGUCCUAGGAAAUAGGCCUGAAAUAAGAGACACAAGUGUCAGGUUACAGUGUGGUGAAUCUAGCCCAGAUGCAUUUACAAAUGUUGGAGCUAAAUUCAACUCAAACAAUGCAUUUGAAUGUCAUUCAAUUACAGCAUGCGCCAGCAGUCAAUUCUCAAAAAAUCUAACAAUUACUUCUAGGGUUAACAGUAUCAGAUCGUUCACAAGCUCCCUUAAUCAGGCGGAAGAACUUACACUCGAUCAGCUGGAAGCGCAAAUCAAGCAAACCGAAGAGCGCACAAAUGACAUCCGAACGAAACUUGAUUCUGAAAUUCCCGGAAUCCCGAAAAUAUUUAGGUAUUCAAAUAGCGAUACCCAUGCCAAUGAUUCUACAUUGAGAUAUCAUCAAACACACAGUGGUUCACUAAAAGGUAGGUCUGGAACAUCGCAUUUGGUCGCAUCUAAAGAAAAAUACUGCGAUAUUCAUAGAUACACAGUUACCAGUGAGAAUGAUAAGGGUAUGUUAGAAAAUAUUCCAAAAAUAGGGUCAGAGGUAUCGGCUGCCACAACUUCGGGGAGAAUAAAAAAUGAUUCCAACUGUGAAGAAUGUAUAGCACAAAUUGGCGGAACUAUUUCUGCACUCAAUCCAUCCAGCAAUGUGAUAUUACCUUCUCCUGAGCCAAAUGUUCAAACUAAUUCUUUGUCUCCGAUAAAUAUAAUUGAAAACUAUCAGCACUACCCUCCAACGUCACCUGCACAAAGGUCCACGAGCACAAAUCUUGAAAGUCAAAUUAAAUUAGGCAGAUCAAAGUCACUUGACUAAGAUCGUAAAUAAAUAAGUAAACGAAUGAUCUUUAUAAUAGCGAUAUACUUGAAAUAUAAUUGAUAUUUUUUAAAUAUACACUCAUUUUCAGUCUAAUUUGGGCAAUUAUUUUGUACUACAACUCACGCAAUAACUGUUUUUUUUUCCCCUCGAAUACGUCGUCCGUGCAUGAUGUAAUAUUUGAAUGUACGUUUGUCCAAAUGAUACGCAUAUACAUGUAUGAUAUGUGUAAUUAGAAUUGUGCAAAAUGAACUGAAAACAUGCGGUUCUCGUUACAAGAUUUAACUGCUUAUUUUUGAGGAUUUCGGGUAUCUAUUCGAUCAAUCGUAAAACUUGUCAUUUUACAAUGUGAUUUCGCACAUAAAACGCAGAACGAUCCCACCGUUGUCGGAGCUCUAGAUGUAAAAGCAAUUAAUAGAGCAUCAUAUCAAAGAAAACGAUUUUAUAACUAAAACUUUUUAUCCUUAUUCCUGAUUUGAUCAAUAGCUUAUUAUGAUUAGUGGAAAUUGUACUUUCUUCACUGUGAACCAAAUGUGAAAAGGCCAGAUCAAUUACAGCUGAUUUUACAUGUAUACAUGAAAUAGUUUAUUUUACAUAUUCAAAAGAAUGAAAAUGUUUCAAGAACGAAUGAAUGUGCCAAUAGAAUCCAAACCACAACGACAGGAUUAAAUCAAGAUGAUAUCCCUAUCAAACCGAAAAAAAGUUAUCUUUAGUGCGAUUAAAAAUAAUAAACAACUAUUUUUUGUAUCAAAUUCCUAAUUUAUUGUAAAAGACUUUCAGAUCAAAUGAAUCCUAUGAUAGGUAUGUAUGAAAAUAUUAUAGAAACAAAAUAUUUUAAAAUGCGGCUAUUGAUUUGAAAAAAAAAAAAAUACAAAAUUAAACAUAAAUUAGAAACAAAAGCUUCAAUGUAUAAGUCUAUCAUUACAUACGUCCUUUUUAUGUAAUACGUGGAAUCAUUCUACUACAAGAAAGAAAUACCACUGUAUGAUAUUGUACCUAAUGUAAAAACCAAGUUCUACUACAAUAAAAAAAACUUGAAAUAUUUA